AUGCGCCCGGCUCCCGCUGGCCACAUCCUGCUCCUUGCGCGCUCGCGAGCCCGGCCGGGCGCUCCCCACCACCCACUGACGCACAUCUCUCCCCCCGUGUCCCCAGGAGGCUGCGGAGAGCUCGUGUGGGUGGGGGAGCCCACUGUCUUCGGCCAGGCCGACUCCAUUGCCGGCAAAUACGGUGUGUGGAUGAGGGACCCGGAGCCCGUGCCGCCCUUCACGCGGGCCACCACGUGGCGCGUGGACACGGUGGGCACCGAGGUGCGCCAGCUCUUCCAGUACGACAACGACGAGCAGUUCAGCAAGGGCUACCCCGCCAAGGUGCACAUCCUGCCGCGCGCCAUGGAGAGCACCGGUGCCGUGGUCUUCCGCGGUGCCCUCUACUUCCAGCAGCGGCUCUCCCGCCGCCUGGCCAAGUACAACCUGCAGGGAGAGGCCAUCGUGGCCGAGAAGGAGCUCCCUGAUGCCGGCUACCAUGGGCAGUACCCCUACUCCUGGGGCGGCUACACCGACAUCGACCUGGCGGUGGAUGAGUCAGGGCUCUGGGUCAUCUACAGCACUGAGAAGGCCAAGGGGGCCAUCGUGGUGUCCAAGCUGGAUCCGCAGACGCUGGAGAUCCAGCACACGUGGGAGACCAACAUCCGCAAGCAGUCGGUGGCCAACGCCUUCAUCAUCUGCGGCGUCCUCUACACCAUCAGCAGCUACACGGCCCCCAACGCCACGGUCAACUUUGCCUACGACACGGCCACAGGCGCCAGCCGGCCCCUGAGCGUCCCCUUCCAGAACCGCUACCAGUACGUGAGCAUGGUGGACUAC